CGCGCUUGUCGCGGUCGACGACGUCGACACACAACAUGGCUCCCUCGCCAGCAUCCUCGGCCGGUUCCGCGACUUCUGUGCAAGUCGCGGUCCGUAUCCGACCCACGACGACUCAGGACACCAGUUCCACCCCCGCUCGUUUCCAACGGUCUGUAGUCAAUGCAGUCUCACCAACCACCGUCGCCAUAGACCCUGUCUCGUCAGCUGCUGGCGGGGGAGCACCCGCACCCGCCGCACCCUCGGCCAAAAAGCAGGUCUUCACCUUCGAUCAAGUCCAUCAGCCAGCAACGACCCAACAUGCCAUGUUCACGACCACCGCCCAACCUCUUAUCUCUCGAUUUAUUGAGGGCUUUAACUGCACUAUUCUCGCGUACGGUCAAACCAGCAGUGGAAAGACAUUCACCAUGACUGGCAUCGACCUUGACGCUGAUCCGAACGACCCGACGAACGGUAUGGGUAUCAUUCCCCGUGCCGUAUCAACCAUAUUCGCGCGGUGUAGAGAGCUCAAGCAGGAGCGCGGAGACUCAUGGCAGUAUAGCCUGAGGGGCUCAUUUAUUGAGCUGUACAACGAAGACCUGAUCGACCUCUUGAACCUGGAAGAUGGCGGAGGCAAACAGGUCCAGAUCCGAGAGGACAAGCAGGGGCAUAUCAUUUGGGAGGGUCUGCGCGAAGUAGGCGUACGUGGACCGAAUGAGGUCAUGGGUCUCCUUCAGCAGGGUACGGCGAUCCGUCGCACAAAUGAGACGGACAUGAAUGCGCAGUCGUCGCGUUCGCAUGCGAUCUUCUCUCUGACGCUCACGCAGAAGAAGUACUCCGGUUCGAAACCACCCCCGCGAUCCUCAUCACCACUACCGCCGGGCGGUCGCCCUGGGUCACGCAUUGCGCGGCCUGGUUCUACCAUGUAUAACUCAUCACAGGCCAGCCGUGUAUCGUCACCAACAUUCGGCCGGCCGUCAACGCCGAGUUUCCAGUCGGCGAUUGGCAGAGGCGGGCGUCCAGCCAGUUCGCUUGGCCUCUUGUCACCGGACCGUGGUCUCGCGAACAAUGCAGCGGACGAUAGCGAGGGCGAGUGGGUUACGGUUGUCUCGAAGUUCCACUUCGUCGAUCUGGCUGGUUCCGAGCGGAUCAAGCGCACGGGAGCCGCGGGCGACCGCAUCAAGGAGGGUAUCUCCAUCAACAGCGGAUUGCUCGCCCUUGGGAAUGUCAUCUCAGCGCUCGGGGAUCCUGCGCGCGCCAAGUCGCAUACGGCGUCGUACAUCCCGUACCGCGACUCGAAACUUACGCGGUUGCUACAGGACUCGCUGGGUGGAAACGCGCACACGCUCAUGAUUGCGUGUGUGAGCCCCACAGAGUGGAACGUGGGUGAGACGGUUAACACGCUGAAGUACGCGAACCGCGCUCGGAACAUCAAGAACCGCGCGGUUGUGAACGAGAAGGAGGAGGGCUGGGACGACCUGGAGUGGCUCCAGGGCAACAUUACUCGUCUACGGAAGGAGCUCAAGGCGCUCAAGGAGGGCGGCGCGACGGCUGCGGGGUCCAGCGCUGCUACCAACAGCGUCGACAUACCUGACGGCGCCGGAAAGAAGGUGCUCGCGCAGAUGGCAGAGCUCCAGAACAACUACGAGGACAUGCGCGAGAAGUUCGUGGAGCGAACCGAGGAGCUCACACGCCUCCGUCGGGAACUUGCGGAGAAGCAGCGCUCGUCCAAGGGCAACAUGUCCGGGACGGCGAAGUACGAGGAGAUCGUCGGUCCUGUCAUUGAGGAGUAUGAGAAGACGAUCGGCGCAAUGGAGGCAGAGCUCAACUUGAACCGCGCGGCGUUGAGGCACACGAACGAUCUCUAUGAGGAGAAGGAGCACGAGUACACUGAACUCGCGGAGAAGCACUCGACGACCGAGUUGUAUGUUGAGGAGCUGAAGUCUCGAGUUGCGAAACUGAUGGAGCGUGAGGCGUCCAACGAGGCGUACAUCCGUGAUCUGGAAGAGAAAGUCAAACAAUCCGACGAAACUUCUGUCAGCUCCAGCGGGUCCAUCACUGAUCUCAAGCGCGAGAUCUCUCGAUACAAGGACUCCGAGACGUACAACACUCAGUACAUCGCAGAUGUCGAAGCCCGACUGACUCGUGCGGACGAGUCCGUGCUUGCGCUGCGAGAGACGGUCGAGAAGCUGGAGCGCGAGUGCGAUCGCCGACGUGAUGAGGCCGAAGUCUUGCAGGAGCGCCUGGACGCGCUUCUGCGUGACGGCGAAAGCUGGAGAACGGACCUCGAGGAGCGCGAGCAGAAGGUACGCGACCUGGAGGCGAAGAUGCAGGGAUGGGAAACGAGGAAGAAGGAGGCCGACGAGGACCGGCAACGCUUGAACGAGCUCGUUGGCGAGGUAGCGAAGGCACGGAAGGAACUCGAGGCGAAGUCGAUUACGCCGUCACUCAGGAGCGCUGCGAGCACCGACACGCUCGGUGGCAAGUCACAGCUCAACGGCAUUGGCCCCGCGGAGGAGCAGUUCAUUGUCCUUCAGCAGACGCACACCGCGACGCUCGCGGACCUUUCUUCCGUCACUGCCAAGUACCACGAUGCCCUCCGGGAGAUCGCAGACCUGGCGGCUCAACUGGAGGAGGCCAAGGUCAACGCCCCGCUUGCACCCUCAGAGUCUGAAGAUCGGCCGGCUGACCUUUCUCCUAGGAGGAGGAUGGGAAGAGGAAGUCCGAGCAGCGAGACACUCGUGAACGGGAACGGCUCAGCGAGACGGGGUUUUUCCAGACACCAGGUGGCGUCCAGCGAAUCUCUCACUUCGAGGUACGCUCUCACGAUUGCCGGCCUUCGUGAUGGGACUAACGGCAAAUCGCUCUCUUCUAGGUCGUUGCCGCAAUCUGUUUCGCUGUCGCAGGAGCUAUCAUCAGCGAGGUCGCGAAAAGCCUCUACUUCAAGCCACGGGACGAGUAGCUCAGUCUCCCUCUCCCACUCCCGCUCGCGCCCCAACCUGUCGAUCUCGCUUCCUGGUGUCAACAUUUCGCCGAACGAGCGCUCUGUGGCGAGCCUGGAGAAGGAGAUCAUGCGCCUCCAGGAAGUCCUUCAAGAAAGGGAGACGGAGAUCACUGCGCUCGAGACGUCGCUCAAGGACAAGGAUCGAGCCGUCGCGCUGGCGAACCUGGAACGCUCACCUCCUCCUGAUGUCACCGUCACUCCUAUGAACGGCCAUGUACCCGAGUCUAGCCUCCCCUUGUCGCCGCGAACGAUGUCGCGUUUCAAGGACCUUCGGCAUAGUCUUCACAUCCAAGUGUCUGAGAAUGGCCUACCUCCUACGGAAGUGGACCAGAACCUUGAGAGACUCAACGAGCUCAUGCGUUCGAUGGCUGCGAAGGAGUCGGCUCAUCGUGAGAAGGUUGACACCCUCAACUCUGAUCUCAGCCAAGUUCGCAGGCAAUUCGAGGAGUUGACCGUCCUCUCCCGCGAUCAGACUCUUAACAUGUCGAAUGAGAUCGAAGGCCUACGCAAGAAGCACGAGGAGGAUCUAGCCAAGCAUGACGAGGAUCUGCAGAGACUGGAGCGACUCGAAAAGCGCGAGGCAGAGCUUGUCGAGGCCACGACGAGACUUGAGCAGCAUGAAGCUGAACUCGCGGAGUCGUUGGCGACGGCCCAGAGUCGCGAGAAAGAGCUCAUGGAGAGCCUCGAACGCAUUCAGGCUGAACACUCAGCGGACGUCGAGAAGCUCAAGUCCGAACACGAGGACGCUUUGCGUGCGAAGGCGGCCGAGGUCGAUGCCCUCGUCGCCAAGUUGAAGGAGGAACACUCUGGUGCUGUCUUGGAGCUCCAAGGGCAACUCGCGCAGGCCUCCGCCGCUCUCGACAAGGCGCGCGAGGAUCACGUAACAGCCUUUGGCGAGCUCAAGGCUGAACAUGAGGACGAACUCAAGCGUCGCAGCCAAGGGGUCGACGACCUCUUGGAGCACACUCAGCAAGAGCACGAGGCGGCCGUCUCAAAGCUGAAGGAUGAGCACGCAGACGCGGUCAAGCAGAAGGAGGAAGAGGCCAGCGCGACCCUUCAUAAGACCGAGGGGGAGUACUACGAGGCACUCACCAAACUCCGCGCGGAGCAUGCCCAGGCCUUGGAGAAGCAGACAUCCGAGGCGGCGACCGCGAUGGAGCGCCUACGCGACGAGCAUGCGCGUGAGGUACGGAUGUCCGAGAUUGCGCGCGAAGGUUCCCUCUCGGAGUCUGCGUCUGCGAUGGACAUCGCGAUGAAGAACCUCCAAGAGGAGCACGCAUCCGCCGCCAGCGCCAAGGAGCAGCAGUUCGCCGAAGACAUCCAGAAGCUGAAGGACGAGCACACGCAGACCCUCGAGGCGAAGGAAGAGCAGUACCGCAGCUCGAAGGAGCGUCUGAAAGCGAGCCAUACGGAGACGUUGCAUGCCAAGGAGGCAACGUUUGCUGAUGAGCUGGCUAAGCUGCAGGCUGAGCACCAACAGGUGUUGGCCAGCAAGGACGAGGCGCACCGCACAGAGCUGGAGAAGCAUGUCGCCGAGCACGCCGACAUGGUUGCCAAGCUCCAGGAAGAGUCGCAGAAGGAGAUUGCUCGUCUGACGUCCGAACUGGAACAGAGCCGAACGGAGUUCACGUCGUCGGGUUCAAAAUUGCAGGAGCAGAUGGAAGCCGAGUUGCAGAGUGUCAAGGAGCAGCAGGCAACGAUCCUGGCUGAGGUCGAGAAGGGACACGCAGAGGAGGUCGCUCGGUUGCAGGAGGCUCAUAACGCGGCGAUUGCUGCGGCUGACAGUCAGGCCGAGGAACAACGUACUUCGCUGAUGGCCUCGCAUGCGGAAGAGGUCGCGCGCCUCAGAGCAGAACACGAGAGCGCGCUCUCUGCUGUCCAGGCCGAACUCAGCCUCGACGAGUCCAGGGAACGGACGGAGCAACUCCUCUCCGAAGAGAAGGAGCGCCUGAAGUCUUCUCUCACUGAGCUCGAACAGAAGCACGCCGAUGAGGUCGCUCUCAGCGAAAUGCAGCGCGAGAGGGACGACGAGGAGCUCGAGUCGUACAAAGCCGCUUCGGACGAGUACGAGGCUCUUCAGCAGAAGACGGAAGUGAUUGGCCUGCUCCACCAACAACUGAGCAGUUCCAACGAUGAGCGGGACACGCUCGCCGCCGAGUCAAACGACCUCGUGCGCGAGGCAUCGAAGCGCCAAUCCUUGGUGGACGAGCUCGAACGGCAUCGAAGCAUGAUCGCAGACUUGCAGGAGGACCUUCAGCGCACGAAGGACGAGAUGGACAACCUGUCCGCGGAGAAGUCCCGUCAAGAGACACUGCUCCGGGACCUCCAAUCUCAAACUGUCAUGAGUCCUACACCGAGUACGCGGCAAGGGUUCGGACGCUCGAAUAUGUCGCCCACGAAGCUGCCUCCGCCUGCGCCUCCACCGACGCACCAACUGAGCACCUCCGGCGACACACCGCAGGACUCGCCUACCACGCCGGCAACGUCGCUCGCGCCCGAGAAGCUGACUGCGCAGAUCCAGCAGCAGGCCAAGCACAUCGACGAGCAGGACGCCAUGAUCAAGACGCUCAACAAGCAGCUCAUGCACUGCGAGAGCGACUUGCAGGCACACAUUGACCUGGUUUCGUCGCUAGAGUCCUCGGUUGGCGACGCGGAGAAAAAUCAGUUGGCUCGGAUGCAGGCCACGGAGCUCGCGCGCGAGCGGGACAGCCUGAAUUCGCAACUGGCCGACGCGCGGAACGAGGUGGUGAACGUGCGGCGGUCGCUCGACGAGGAGCGGCGGGCGAAGGAGCGGGCGCGGGCGCAACUCGACAGCCGAAUGGACGAGCUUCAACGGCGCAAGAGCAAGUUUGCGUGUCUGUGAUUGCGCCCAGUCGGUACUCAUUUCCUCAUUUCCCCUCACAUCAUCUGCAUCUGCAUUGGUGCGCUCCGAGCGAGCGCUGUCCCUUCAUUACUAUACCUGUCGGUCCUUGAUCAUCUCUCUAUCCGUAUUAUCUCUGUUUCUCGUCUCUCACUUGGCCUGUCACCCUCAGUCUAUGUUGCUUAAAUUCGGAUCGGUUGACGAGCUGUAUAAUCGGAGCCGCCUCGGCCUAGUGGUAGUAUUUGUCUAGUUUAGCGCGAGUCUACAUGUACUUGCUGUGAUACCCGCCUAUGUCGUCCAUACCUACAUAUGUCUACGCGAAUAGUUUGCAUGCUC